AUGAAAGAGGAAUCAUAAAUAUUUAGGGUGAAAAAACAAAUAUAUUAUUUUGCUUGGCAUUGUUUUGCUCCAUAUGCAUUUUUAGGCUAUUUCAUGACAAUACCAAGUGCAGCAGAACCUUCUUGGCUUAAAAUAAAUCAAACUAAACAUAAAUACAAAAUUGAUUUCAAUUGGAUGAAUGUCGCCUUUUUGAUGUAUUUCAUAUAUAUUACUUUAGAGGUUAUCUACUUGCAAGUGGAAUUGAAAUGAAAGGUAAUUUAAGAUAAAUAAUGAUCAAAUGUGAAACUAUGCUUAUAGUAGCUCUAGUCUUGUAAUGGUUUUUACCAUUUAGGGAAGGAACACUAAUUAUAAGAGUAUUUAUGGGAGCUUUGAUAAAUCUGGAUAUUAAAUAUAGUAAUAUCUAUUUUAAAACAAUGAUGAGACCUAUAGAAGUUUAUAUUAGAAAAAAGUUUCCAGAUUAAUUGAAUGGUAAAAUAAUCAAUAAUAAUAAUGAAUAGUUAAAAAUUUGGGUUAAUAUUUGUGCUAGUAUCAAUAUGUUGCUUUUGGAAUUGGAUGGACAAUUUAAGGACUUAUGGCAUAUAGCUAUCCAAAAAUUGAGAUGUUGAAUAAAUUAAAGAUUUAUGAUGAUUGUGUCCUUUGGAAUUUACUAAUCUCAUUACCUACAGUAUUUUUAGCUAUUAGGUUAAUUAAUUUGCAUUUAUCAUUCAAUUAUGAUGAUUUAAAGACUUGUACUCCUAAUGAAGCUGAAUACUUUUUGGCUAAUAUGUUUAAAAAGGCAAAUGUAGAAGAAGUAAUAGAUAUGUAUCAUGAAAAAAGACUUAUUGAUAGUAUUUUAAAUUAUUAUUAUUAUUAGACGAUGAAUAUGAAUUAGAUGAUUAAAAGACUCUUAAAAUCAUUUAGAUUAUUAUGUAUUCAAGUAGUACCAUGAUGUUAGUAUUCUUUUUAAAUCGUUUAAAUACUGAUAAUAAUGGAACUAUCUAUUAAUCUAUGCCAUUUCAUUACUUUAUUUUUGGCUUAUCAAUGAUUUUAGCUAAUUAUCUUCCUUGUAGAUUAUUUUACAAGGUUCCAUAAUUAUUAUUGUAUAGAUUGAGUUUGUUUAUGAGUAUUAUUAUCAAUGUAGCAUUGAUUAUUAGUAUUCAAAUUUAAUCCUAUUACUUUAUCUUAAUUUCUUGCAUUUUAGCAAUAUUUAGUAAUGGAUUGGGCUUAUUUUCUUUCACUAGCAGUUAUAAUUAUGUAUAUAUAUUGAUUAAUCAUAUCAGUUUGUUGAUGAUUUUAUGCCUAUUCAAUUAUGUCAAGGCUUAAGUUUAGCAGUCCUAGUUGGAUUAGAAUUUUUCAUUAGAGAUCAAGUUUUUUCUUUGAGUCUUAUGAUUACGACAGUUUUAGGAAUAUUUAUAUGGAGAAGAGUAUAAUAAUUAAUUGAAUAAGAAGAAGAAGAUGAAGAUAAUGCAAAAUUAAUUAUGUGA